CUUUGAUAAUGCUGUUGGAUAUAAUGAACUGUCUCUUACUGAGAUGCUCACAGUUCUUGAGGCAUCUCUUCAGUUCAUUCUGCUAAAAGAUGCUAAAGAUGAUGGAGAUCAGCCACUUGGCUGGGAGAAGAAGUACAACUUUCUCUUGGGUUUGGUGGAGCAGCUUCAUGCCACAAAUGCAACUUUGGCAGAACGUAUUUUACUAAAUGUACUUGACAUGAUUUCAGAGAUUUCACCACAAGGUAGAGAUAUUUUGGGUCAGAUGUUGUUCAACAGAAUCUGGACGCCAACAGAAAUAAUGCUCUUUCUUUGCAAAAGUCCGGCUAUCAAAUGUGAUCAACUUGAUUCAGUUCUUCACACAGCACUAACCUAUCACCUGGACUGCAUCCUUGUUCUCUCUGCCCUUACGUAUGAAACCCCUUUAAUGUUUCUUGAGCAACAAAUGAAAAGCGACAAGGAUAAAGAUGCUGAUACCAUUGUGAAAGAACUUCGUGAAGCGAACUGCCCAGAGAAAGUCUUGGUGCUGUUAAAGGAUGUGCUUAGAUACAUGGAGUUAGAACUCCCAAAAUAUCAACUGGUGGACCUCACAGAGGAGCAAAUCAACGUUUUGAAAAAGAAAAUAUCAUCUCUUGAUCUUACAAACCCAGAUAUAAACACUCUAAAAGAUGUAUUGAUUGGAAUGUCAAUAGCAGUGCAAGACUGCUCAACAAUCUUCACAAAAGACAACACAAAAAUUCAAGGCUAUUUUCCGAGAUGUACACAACUAGCAUCGUUGCUUUUGCUCCUUCUGACACAGCUGACAGGAAAUAAAGGAUGUCUUCUGGAGAUUGGCACAGGUGAGGGCAAGUCCUCUAUCUUAGCCAUGUUUGCAACAAUUCUGGCCAUUCGUGGAACCAAAGUGGACAUUGUAACAAGCUCUCCGGUUCUUGCCCAACGCGACCAAGAAGAGUGGAAAAAGUUUUUCAAUAUGUUUGGUGUCACUUCAUCUGUAGUACCUCCACGUUUCUCAAGUGUCUGUUCACCAGAGGAACAGGAGGAAUGUCUGAGACAUGCUUACAGACAGCAAAUAGUAUAUGGCACAGUUGGAGUCUUUGCAGCAGACAUACUUAAACAAGAAUUUGAGAAGAGGACUGUUCGCGAUAAAAGGCAGUUUGAGCUUGUAAUAGUGGAUGAAGUGGACUACAUGACUUUGGACAAUGGAGUUCAAGUGACAUUCUUGUCUCAUGAAUCUAGUGGAUUUAGGCAUGUGGAGCAAAUCCUUUCCAACAUAUGGGCCAUGAUAUCUACAUGUCAACCAGUAGAAAUGCUUGAAGCAGGGGAGAUCAAAUGGGCGACCAGGAUACAGUACCUUCAUAAAGCUGUAACGUCAGCCGUUAUGGGACUGGAAACAUCAGAAAACUUCUCAGCAAAUGAGAUCUUGUUGCCCGGAGUGACUUUGGGCUUCUACACCCAGGAGGAUGUUGAAAUGAUACAUCAAGCUGAGAGCAAAAAAGAAAAUGAAGACGAUUUGAAUCAGGAUCCAAUGUCCAACGCUAUUUCUGAGAUCAUGAAAAAACUUGGAGUUUUAGAACAAUAUGAUCUUCUGACUAUAUUUGAGGAGGUUUUGGAGAACAGUGUGGUGUUUAAGUGCUAUUCUUUAGAAAACAACAAAGCCAAACGUUUUGACAAUCGGGAAAAACAAGGUGAACUUCAUGUGGAAGUGCUACUGCUGGAAGGAGGACUGGCAUGCGAAAUCAUGUCUGAGAAAUCACUCAUUGAUGCAACUAUAAGCACAAUAAAGUCAUCUAUCAGGUAUUCUGAUAACCUCGAAACAGCUGAAGAAUCCAACAGCUUCAUUGUCAUCCCAGUUUUCUUGAGAAGCUACAUUGAGAGUCAGUUACCAGUUUUUGUUGAAAAUGCAAUAAGGGCCAUUGAGAUGUCGCAUGGCCGAGAAUACAUGAUAGACACCUCACCGGCCGCUGAAAGAGACGUUGCUGACAGUCAUGACCGACACGAGUAUGAUGCAAUAAUUCCAGUAGACUUCAAAGCAAGCGGCGUGCUGGAGAAAAACAAGAAGUGGGGUAACGGUCUGCAACAGUUUUUGGAGUUCAAGCACCAACUUGCGAUUUCGCCGUCAUCCAACGUGACAAACUACAUGUCAAAUUUCCAUUAUUUCAAAAGGUACCUCAGUGGAAGUGGUAUAUUUGGUGUCUCUGGUACAUUAGGAGGUAAGGCAGAUUGGGACUUUCUGGAAAGACAUUACAAAGCAAAGAGCUACACUGUACCUGCACAUCGCCACAAAAGGGUGACGGAGCUUCCGGUCAUCCAGGUGAAAGGUGGGAAUCACCAAUGGAUCCAGACUAUUUGUGAAACUUCAUGGAAAGUAGCAGAUAGAGGACAAGUUGUCUUGGUAAUUUGUGAAGAUGUUAAAACAGCAGAUGAACUGCACAAGAAAAUACAAGACGGAGGCAGAUUAAAGCCAGAACAGAUUACUCUGUACACAAUCAGCGAAAAGCACAACAUUGAAAGAGAGAAAUUCUGUGGAGGCAGAAUCAUCAUUGCUACAAAUCUCGGUGGACGAGGAACAGACAUUAAGGUUGAUGAAAGUGUGAAUAAGUGCGGUGGUCUCUUCGUUCUUCUUACUCACUUUCCACCCAACCGGAGAGUCGAGAAACAAAUAUUUGGUCGCACGUCGCGUAAAGGCAACCCCGGGAUGGUUCAGAUGGUUGUGAACUGCGAUCAUCUCGCACCAGCUUACCAAGGUCAGUCUGUGGAAAUCAUGCGCCAGCUGAGAGAGGAUUAUGAAACAAAACGAAUCCACGACAUGGAAAGUGAUGAGCUGGUUGAAAUAAACCUAAAGGAAAAUCUGUUCUCCACAUUUUGCAAAUUACUGCAAGACUUUGAUGGUCAUUACACCCACAGAGAAAAACUGAACCCCAUGGAACUGCAGCUCAGUAAUAUUCCUGAGUGCUUCACACAUUAUCAGUCUAAGUUUGACUAUCAGCCUGCCGUCAAUGCUUUGAAAGAGUCUUGGGCCUUGUGGUUGACCCUUCAUGAGGAUCACAUCAACAGACAUGAUGACUUCAAAGAACUUGAAGCAGACCUUAUCAAGACAAUAAAUAAAACAAGUGAAAAGCUGCUGCGAGGAGAAUGCGAUAACUUCUACGAUCAUGUCAGACAGGCGAUUGUAAGAACUGAUCUACAUUGCCGAAACAAAAACAGCAACGAUAAUGGAGCAAAAUCCUAUUGGCAAAAAGUUGUGGACUUUGACCCGCACUACAAGGCUGUGGCACUCUAUAACCAGGCGUACAUCACCAUCAAUCUUGGUAAGGGGAACUAUAAAGCAGAUGCUAUGAAACUGCUGGAAGAUGCGAAAACAUCCAUUGAUGUCUAUGUCUCAGAAGUCUCAAACACAAUGGUGUCUUGUAACCUAUCAGUCACUGGUAACAAAGAUCAGAACUCAAACAACAACAACAACUUUCAGAGUCAAAUGGAGGCCAGAAUGAACAUCUUUAAGUCUUGGAUGUCUUACAUUGAUAAUGCAUGGAACAAACUGAAAGAGCUGGAGAAAAACAAUGAUGAUGCCAUUACAGAGGACUGUUCGGUUUACAUGCUGUCUGAAGAAAAGAACUUCAUAGUCAACAAUGAACUGAGAUCGCUGUACGACUAUGGACUGGGAGUUGUUUUUGAGGUCAAAAAGAAACCCAAGUUCUGCAUUGAUGCUUUGAUAUGUUUCAUACUCGGAGUGGUCCAGGUUCUCGCUGGAGUUCUUGUUUGGGCUCUGACAUUUGGAGCAGCCAGUCAGAUUGGAAUGGGUCUGAUUUCAGAAGGGGUGUCGGACAUGAUCAGUGGAAUAGAAGGGAUGAUAAAAGGCACAUUCGAUUGGGUGUCUUGGGCAAUAUCUAAGAGUAUCAGCAUUGGGCUUGCUUUGUUAACGGCUGGCUUUAGCGUUAUCAAGAAAGCAGUUACUGCUGUAUGUAAAGCAACAAAAAGUAUCCUCAAUGGUACAAAGUCUUUCUCUACUGUUGCAUCUGAAUUCAUCAAAUCAGGAAAGGCAGUAUUUGCCUCGGUAAAAGAAACUGCUAAGUCCAGUUUAUCAGCCCUCAGUAAAGAAUCUAUUAAAACUGCGAUGAAAAGCAUGUCGUCUUCUGCCGUACUCAAACAGAACUUCAAAGUUGCUGCUAAAUUUGCUGUUAAGGAAAUCGGGAAACAGACUGUCAUCACUGCCAUGAACUACGCAAUCGAUGAGGCACUUAAGAAAGUCUUUAAGGAUAUUUUACAAACCAGCUUUGAAGAUGUGGUCACUUCAUCUGUGAAGCAGAACAGCAAACUGGAUCAGACUCUUGAAGAGUUCAUCAGCUCAGGCAUUCCGAAAGCUGCCUUAAAAAAAGAGAAUUAUAAGAUUGACCGGAAUUAUGAGAAAGAAUUAAAAAAAUCUGUAGGGGUGCUGUGCGAAAAGAUAAUUCCUGAGCUCAUACUGGACUGUACCACUGCACGGGAGGUUAUCAGCAGACUCUUGGAUGUGUGUGAAGCAGCAACAGACCUAAUGAAUAAAGCCAAACUGUCUGGUGUACUUGAAUCAGCAACGCUAGUUCUGAAAGUGGCUGAGUACUCAGUAAAUCUCACUCAAAUGUUGGGAGCUGUACCAACAAAGGAGAUCAUAGACCAGAAAUUUGUUCCCGAAUUACUGGAGAGCAUCGGUGAGCUUCAGAAAGAACUGGAAAAGUACGACCAAGAUGGACGACACAAUUUACCCGACGUACAACGGCUUAAAACAGAACUUAUGCAGGUUAUCUCUCAAAAGGUUUCUGAGCAAUUCAUCAGUUCCUGUUCUGAACACAUGACCACUUUAAUGACCAGCACAUUUAAAAGUCAGUUAAAAAAUGCAGCAGGAGAGGCAGUAGAUCGUGUCAUGAGCAGAAAUAAAACUCGCCGUUUCUUCAAUGACCAAAGGGAAAAACACAACAAGAAAUCCACGAGCCACAAGGAAGUAAAGGGGCUGUCAGGUGUGGACCAAACAAAGCUGUAUACAAAGUAUACAGAAGAUAUUUGCAAAGCCGAUCAGCCCGCUACACCCCUCGAUAUGUACGUGCUUACAAAAAGUAACCUGCUGAGUGGAAAAGGAAUUCAACUGACUGUCGUUGAUGGAAAUGGAAAACAGCUCACUGAGGAGCGUUACCCGGGAACCACCAAAUCAGCGGGCGAUAUAAAACUGAGAUUAACCAAAUCUGCAGAAGCUGGCGAUCCAUCACAAGCCAGUGCAAAGCUGUACAGCGGUCAUUUUGGUAUUAUACAGGACGACGGCAUAAUAAUCAGCGUCAAAUCGGAUCAUCAGAACGCUCUUUAUCAAGCUGUAGCGCAAGCAACUGGCAGCACGGCUGAAGACCCAGAGAAGGAAGCUUUGGUGCUACGUGAGAAAGUGAAAAAUGAGAUCCAGACAAACUUUGAAUUGUACACACCCAUGCUUGCGCUUCAGAUGGGAUACGACUUUACUCACGAAAACCCCAGAAAAUACAACAUAACUGGAGGGAAAAAGGAGACAGACACCUCUCUGCAGGAAUACUUGCAGAGCGUUAAAUUUAUCAAAAGUGAAGAAUGUAUCCUCAUCAAAAUGUACCAUUUGGGAUUCGUUGGUGAAUAUACAAGUGUUCAAAAUGCUCGAAAGUCCAGUAAGAACGCUACUGGGACAUUUACCACGAGCCAUAUACCACCGAAGGACUCCUUCAGACUAGCUCAGAUGUCCAUGGAAAACUCAGCAAACGAGUUUAAAAAUAAAAGCCCAGAGCUUUAUAAACUAAUCAGCAGCAUAAAAACGGACAGUAAUGGACAAAACCUGGUUGCCAUGGAGGUUCUAGGACAAGAUCACAGACGAGCUUUAACCACAGGCCCGAGCAACCGGUCACAGAUGGCUAGGAAACUUCUAUCAGACACUUUGAUUAGUGGAGAUGUGGAGCUUCUGCUAAAACGCUGCAUGAUUCUGCAUCAUCCGUUUACUUCAGAAAAGCUCAAAAACGCUUUAGGUGAAAUCAUUCUGUCCCAGUGUCAAAUUUUGUCGGAUGAUGGUAUCCGAGGCUACUACAAAGCAGGGUACAGAAACCUGGUGUCCGAGUACAGCCGCAUGGGAAUCCUGGAUCAGAACCAGCGUGAGCGUCUGGAUGAGUGGGUGACUCAGGAUCAACACGAGGAUGUAAACACUGCGGAGUACAGACAGCUUCUGGAAGCAUUAAAGUGAAAAUGUCUAGUGUUAAAAAAAAAUUCUUGAUAAAAUUAUGUUGAUGAAGAUGAUCACUUUAAAAAGUAAAAAAAAGAUUGAUUUCUGCAUCUGAAUUAGUACUUACUACAAACAAAUUACAUAGCAAGUAAAGAUAUUUUGUUGUGUUGGUAGAUCAUUUCGAAAAUUUGAAUAAUUAAUCAUUCGUUAAUUGAUCGGCUGAGAAAUGUUCCGUGGGUAUGCAUUAAUUUCUGAUAACCGCACACCAAACAAAUGUCUUAAAAAUAGGUACCAGAGCAAUGUUUGUGGUAACCGUGGUAUAAAAGGAAUAAUUGACUCUGGUCCUUUGAAUUAUUUGAAAAUAAUGCACACAUUGCUCCUUGGGUGUGCAUUAUUUUCUUAUAAGUCAAUGGCCUGUUGUCAAUUAUUCCUUACAUGUCUAGAAUUAUUGUGUUUGAAAAAAAUUACAAUACACUCCUAAACAUAGGGGCUAAAACAGUUUUUGGCAGAGAUGACAUAGAUAGAAGAACCAAUUUUAGUUCCCCAUGUAAAGACAAUUUCAGAUCAAAUGUUGUUCAAAUAAUUAUUUCUUUCUUACCUUUUCAAAGUCUGUAAAAACAAAGUCUGUUGAACCAAGCAGUGUAAUGCACUCCACAAUCUGGAUUAUAAACUCUUGCUUCUCAAAAACUCAA